GAAGCCUCAGUCUUGUGGUACCUAAAGAAUUUUUAUGGGUUUAUUGAAGCAGGAUUGCAAAGAAAAACUGUUUUCCCCCUAGCACUUACGUGGCACUAAGUAUGUGCAGAAGGGCUCCAUUGGAGAUACUGAGAGACAUAGAAAAUGCCUCUCUCCUGACUUUGCCUUACCUGCUCAUCCCUUUCAUCUCUCCUUCCUCAACUCUUGACUUACUUGCCCUGCACUAUUCUAUCUUCAUUUCACUUGUCCUGAUGCUAUCUAACCUGUGAGCCUCUUUGCCUGCUGGUUUACCUGCCCUGCCCUUUCCUGCUUGGCCAUCACCGGCUGACUUACCUGUCCCCAUCUCACUUUUCCGUCCUCAAUGGUGGUUCACUUGUCCUCCCCUUUCAGUCUCAACUCUCCAGUGCUUUCCUCACUUGCGUGUCGUCAACUGCUCUACUUUUAUAUGCUAGCUUGCCUGCUUGACCCUCACUUGUCGCCACUUGCUUCACCCAUUACCCCCUUACCUGCUCAGACCUCUCAAGGUCCCAUUUUCCUCUCAGAUUCCGGGGGGCUCACCCAGGGGGCGGGGGCCUAGCUGGGAGAGGGGAAAGCAAAACUUCAGUCCAACCGGGAAGGACCUGGGAGUUUCUGAUACAGAAAGGGAGGUGCCAUCUGAAGGAGGUGCUGAAAAACAGGCAAGAUGUUUAAAGCGGGGGAAGGGGCGGCCCAAUGCAACUGAACCAAUGAGACGAACAGAAAGGAUGGGCAGGUGAUACGGAAAGCGGGAUCAAAGAGGUGGGCGAAUGAGAAGACGAAGGCGGGUCUAGUGGUGGAAUGGACCAAUAAGGCUUUGCAAAGUCGGCGUGAGGCCGAGUUGGCCGCAUCCUCAGUCUCCCGGUCCCAGUGGAAUUUGGAAAUUCCCAGGUUGCCCCCUUAAAUUCACUCUUGAGGAGUUGGCGAGAAAAACCACCGCUCUAGCCGACCCUACACUUGCUCCACCUUCACUCCGGAGACCAGGAAGUGGAAGUGACGGACACGGAAGUGGCCUGCUGUUGCCGAGGGGACGGGUCGGGCAGAUGCCAACAUGGCAGCGGUUGGGGCUGGCGGUUCCACUGCGGCGCCUGGGCCAGGGGUGAUCUCCGCGGGGACGUUGGAGCCUGGGACUGCGAGUGCGACUCACCGGCGCCUCAAGUACAUAUCCUUAGCUGUGCUGGUGGUCCAGAAUGCCUCCCUCAUCCUCAGCAUCCGCUAUGCCCGCACACUGCCUGGGGACCGCUUCUUUGCCACCACCGCUGUGGUCAUGGCUGAAGUGCUCAAAGGUCUCACCUGCCUGCUUCUGCUCUUCGCACAGAAGAGGGGUAACCUGAAGCACCUGGUUCUCUUCCUCCACGAGGCUGUCCUGGUGCAGUAUGUGGAUACACUCAAGCUUGCAGUGCCCUCUCUCAUCUAUACCUUGCAGAAUAACCUCCAGUAUGUUGCUAUUUCCAACCUACCAGCUGCCACUUUCCAGGUGACGUACCAGCUGAAGAUCCUGACCACGGCACUGUUCUCCGUGCUCAUGCUGAACCGCAGCCUUUCACGGCUGCAGUGGGCCUCCCUGCUGCUCCUCUUCACUGGCGUCGCCAUUGUCCAGGCGCAGCAAGCCGGUGGUGGGGGCCCACGGCCACUGGAUCAGAACCCUGGGGUAGGCCUUGCAGCUGUGGUAGCCUCCUGUCUCUCCUCGGGCUUCGCAGGUGUCUACUUCGAGAAGAUCCUCAAAGGCAGCUCAGGCUCCGUGUGGCUGCGCAACCUGCAGCUCGGCCUCUUCGGCACAGCACUGGGCCUGGUGGGGCUCUGGUGGGCUGAGGGCACCGCUGUGGCCCGCCGCGGCUUCUUUUUUGGGUACACGCCUGCUGUCUGGGGCGUAGUGCUCAACCAGGCCUUUGGUGGGCUCCUGGUGGCUGUUGUCGUCAAAUACGCCGACAACAUCCUCAAGGGCUUUGCCACCUCCCUGUCUAUAGUACUGUCCACCGUUGCCUCCAUUCGCCUCUUUGGUUUCCAUGUGGACCCGUUAUUUGCCCUUGGUGCCGGGCUUGUCAUCGGUGCUGUCUACCUCUACAGCCUUCCCCGAGGUACAGCCAAAGCCAUAGCUUCCGCCUCUGCCUCUGCCUCUGGGCCCUGCAUGCAUCAGCAGCCUCCGGGGCAGCCACCACCACCGCAGCUGUCUUCCCACCGUGGAGACCUCAUCACGGAGCCCUUUCUGCCAAAGUUGCUCACCAAGGUGAAGGGUUCGUAGCUGCUGGGAUUGAAGACGUUGGCCUGGCCUCAUUCUCCUUUCUUGCCCUGGCCCAGCUGGGACCAAACUCUGAUCAGUAUUAGGGGUGGGGUGAGGCAGACACCAAACUCCCUGUCCCCACCAACCUCUGCCCCCAGGCAGAGCUGGCAUGAGUAACUUUUCUCUCGUUAUGAGGGCAUGGACAGGCCCUUCCUCAGCCUCCAGCCCUGCCACCCUCAUGUCCUUGCCACCCCCAUGCUAUUAUUUCUUAGGUGAGUUUUGCAAAUAAAAUGUGUUUUGCGUCUUGC